CCUACACUAAGACAACCAGCAAACUGCAACAGGCUCAGUUCACGGAGUCUUGAAGUUCCCACUGAAGUAGGAUGAGCACGGAGUGAUGCAAUCCCCACCAAAGGAGAUAGUAGUACUAGCUCGCCGGUGAUGCGCCGGUCGGAUAUGCGGAAAAUUCCCGAUGUCUCUAAAUUUGACUUAAGUCUCUUCUUACUAGUACUAGUAACAACUCACUGGUCCCAGAGUCGCUGCUUCGCAGCAUCGCUGCUUUCGACAGGCAUGCGGAUACGGAAGCGUCUUGCGCAGCUUGCCGCCGCGGCCGGAGGGAUUCACCCCACCAUCCCCGGCGCCUCAGCCUGCAACUAUGACCGGCUUUCUUCAUUUUCGGCUCAAGACCAUCAGGCCGCUCGGGAAGGCCGGGAAGCUCAGACGGAGGUUGCAUACCACGGUAGUAGUAAUAAAUGCGAUAGUAGCAAUCCGAUUGCACGUCAUAGGAGCAACCCUUUCCAUGAUGUCCCGCCAAGAAGUUGGCAGGGAUCAUGGCACGAGUGCCAAGCUUUUGAGUCCCAGCCACUGCAGCCGGCGGCGCCGGCUGGAGCAUCAUCAUUCCGCCAUGAUGAUGGGUUUGAUGAGACGGCUCAGAAUCAAUGGAGCCGCCACGAAACGAUGAGUCUUGGCGGCCAUGAUGACGCCUUGGAAAGCUCGAGAAGCCGCCCAGCUGACGUCACGCUUCCACGUGCUACAAUCCCAAGCGGGCAUCAACAGCAACAUCAACAUCAGCAGCAUCAUCUGCAACAUCAACAUUGCCGUGGUUACUGCAAACCCCAUCAGCAUCACCAACAGCAUCACGAUGACGCAGCAUCAGCAGGCGAUUACUGCGACCCUCCAUCGCGCCAGGCAAUUGCUUCUAACCGCCUCCAACCGCUCCAAGAUGCUGCACAUCCUGCUGCAGCAGAGGCAACCCGAGUAUCACCAUCAGCUGCAUUAACAGCUCCACUAACGGAAGGACUGACAGCCGCGGCAGCAGUACCAGCAGCAGUACCAGCAGCAGCAGCAGCAGAAGCAGCAGCAGAGGGAGUAGCAGCUCCAGGACCAGCAUCAGAAUCAGCAGCAGCACUGACAGCAGCAUCAGAGUCAGCAGCACCCGUUGAGGUGGUGCUUUCAGAGCCACAGCUAAUGCUGCCGCCAGAUGCUUUCCAGUCACAGCCACAACAAAUUUCAGCGGCACCUGAAUCAGCAGCAGCAGUAGCAGCAGCAGCAGAAUCAGCAGCAGCAGCAGCAACAACAGCAGAACUAGCAGAAUCAGCAGCAGCAGCAACAACAGCAGAACUAGCAGAAUCAGCAGCAGCAGCAGCAGCAGUAGAAGUUGUAGCAGCCUCUGCAGAAUCAGCAGCACCAGCAGCAGCGGUAGCUCCGGUUCCGACAGCAGCGUCAGAAUCGCCAGCACCACCGGUUUCAGCAGUUGAGGUGCUACAUUCAGAGCCACGAUUAGAGAUUGAGCCGGUAGCUCUCCUGUCGCUGCAGCGGCAACGCAAUCCUACACAUGAGCCAGCAGAAGCUGAUCGAAUCAAACCCUCCAGCUGCCACCAGCACGCCAAGAGGAAAGGCGGAACCCGGCGAGUGGGCCGGGUGCAGAUGAAAUUCAUCAACGACCUUCUCUCACGCGAGCCUUCGCAUGAGCCUUCGCAUGAGCCUUCGCACGAGAAUUCACACGAGAAUUCGCACGAGAAUUCACAGGGCAAUUCGACCGCCAAAUGGGUGAGCUACAGGUUCCCUGUGCUUGGACGUGCAGGGAAGGGAGCGCGGGCUAGUAUGGGGGAUGCCCCUGGUGAGAACCCUGGUGAGCUGGCUCAAGGGCUGCUGGAAAUGCGUGUGCCUGAAACAAGGACUGCAGCGCACUCGGAAGAUGCUCCACCGCUUUUGUCCCCUUCCGGCAGGCGGCCUGAGAGUGGCAGUGGCACACCGAGGAGGCUGCCUCGUGCGGAGGCACCUCAGAAUGUGGCAGAUGCUCCACUGCUUAUGUCGCCUUCAACCAAGCGGCCUGAGAGUGGGAGAUCAAGGAUGCGGCCUCAGGCCGAGGCGCCUCAGCAUGGGGCAGAAGCUCCACUGCUUCUGUCGCCUUCAGCCGAGCGGCCUGUGCGUGAGAGACCAAGGAUGCAGCCUCGUGUUGCGGCGCCGCCAAAUGUGGCAGAUGCUCCACUGCUUCAGUCGCCCUCAGCAGAGCGGCCUGAGGGUGAGAGACCAAGGAAGCAGCCUCGUGCUGAGGCGCCUCAGGAUGAGUCAGCAGCUCCACUGCUCUUGUCACCCCCAGCCAAGCGGCCUGAGAGUGGUGGACCAAGGAUGCGGCCUCGUGUUGCGGCGCCUCCAAUUGUGGCAGAUGCUCCAACACUUCUGUCAGCCUCAGCCUCAGCCUCAGCCGAGCGUGGCAGACCAAGAAAGCGACCCCGGAGCAGCAGGCAGGCUCGCAAGCCCAACAGCCAAAUACCUCCUAUACAUACACAGCGGCCAAUACCUAUACCUCCACCGCUUAACCCCCCAGACGCCCAUGCAGUGCUCUGCCCCUCAAAUUCACAUGCGGUGGUUUUAGGCAGCAGGGUGCGAAGAGGUGGUGAGAAGCGGGGCGAGGAGGGAUUAAAGGGGAGGGUUACUGGCGAUGGUGAAAUAGGCGGGGUGAUGGAGGGUGGGGAUGGGGAGGGGCAUGCAGGAUGUGAUGCAGAUGCGUCUGGGGAGGUGGGGGAGGGGAAGUAUGGUGGUUGGGACGGUGAAAGUUCUUAUAGUGAAGCUGCUUGUAGCGAAGAUAGUGGAAGUGCUUAUAAUGAAGGUGGUGUGAGUGGGAUUAGUGAGGAGGAGGGGGGGAACAGCGAGGACAGCUGUUUUGAAGUGGGAAAGAGCAGGAAGGUGGGAUCUCUGCACAAAUGCGUUGUGAAGGGGAAGCGAAGGAAAGUAGACAGGAAGAAGCGAAGGAGAAUAGAGAGGAAGAAGCAAGAUGGACCAGAUGUUCUUGAGAGUGAGCCAGUGGCCCGGCACUGUAGCCGAACGGAUGGCAAAGGGUGGGUGUGCCUGAGAAUCCCUAGACUAGGGUUUUCUUUGUGCGACCAUCAUAUUGGGAAAGCAGCAAAGCUGGUCGCGAAGAGGCGAGAGGAAAAGCUAGCUGCAGCCACUAGGGAUGUCGAGGGAGGGGGGGAGAGAUGUGGUGGUGACAUGGAGCAAGAUGAAGAGCACAUUCCGCAAUCAGAACAUGCCGAGAGCCGGGCAAUAAGAGUAAGGAGAGGGAGACGGCGGAUGAGCGAGGGCUGAAAUUUGGACACCACGCCAGCGGAGGGGGGGCACGGCGGCGAGGGUUUGGCCAAUGGCGUCAGUGUCGAGAGCAAGAACAGUGCAGCCAACGGCGACAGCAGUGGAGAGUGCGUGGCGUUCACGCAGAUGGUGAUGGGGGUGGUGAUGGGGGUGGUGAUGGGGGUGGUGAUGGGGGUGGUGAUGGGGGUGGCGAUGGGGGUGGCGAUGGGGGUGGUGAUGGGGGUGGUGAUGGGGGUGGCGAUGGGGGUGGUGAUGGGGUUGGUGAUGGAGGUGAUGCAGCAGCUGGAGGGCGCCUACGCGCUGCUCUUCAAGAGACAUGCUGAGAGCGGGCUGCCGCACUUCCCAAACCAGCUUCUCGCCUUCAAGUGCGGCAGCCCGCUUCUCCUGGGAGUCAAAAUCCCCUAAGAUGGCCGCAAAUCCGCCUUUGACAUGAUGGGGACCGAGAAGGGGGGGUUGAUGUGGGGAGGUGUUGCGACCGGCCCCGAGGAGCCGUUCUUAGCGAGUGAUGCGAGUGGUGUUGUGGUGCACACGAAGGUGGUGAUGGAUAUAGAGGAUAACGAGGUGGUGUAUAUCAGGGACGGCGUGGUUUCGCUAUUUUUCUUGUAAAAGGUAAAUUGACCCCAUGCUAUGAUCACCCAGCUUGUUUUUACAAGGGGAAAAAUUCUAGAGGUAAAUUGUGCACAAACCUUCAAGCUUACUAAGUUCUCAUGCUAU